AUGUGCUCUGAAUGUGAGAGCCAACAUGAUAAUACCGGCGGCAGUGCCUCGGUCAGCUCUGGCGAUUCUGUAGAAUGCUGGUCAGAAACGCAAGACCGCUCUAUCGCCAAGUCGCUGCUCGAACGCUCUUUGAUAGGUAGCGCUGGCUACAACAAGAAGACAUAUGGUGCACUAGACCUCACUCUCAAUAUGGAUGGAGCUCAGGAUCUGGAGGCCCAUUACGGCUGUGUCAAUGCACUAUCUUGGUCAGAGGAUGGCCGCUUCUUAGCUUCCGGAAGUGACGAUACACACAUCAUGCUCUGGGAUGCGCAAGAGUCGGCCAAGGGACUUAUACCAUCACGCUCGAUUCAUACUGGACAUCGAGCCAACAUUUUUGAUGUACAGUGGCUGCCCAAUACGAGCAAUUCAAAGAUUGUGUCUGUGGCCGGGGACGCUGAAGUACGUGUUUUCGACAUUGAGCAUAUUGCGCAGAGAGGAACUACUUCCCCGCCCAGCGUAUACACCAACAACAUGGAUCGCGUCAAGAGAAUUGUAACGGAAAACAGCCACACAUUCUUGACGUGCUCAGAAGAUGGGUCAGUGCGACAGUACGACCUGCGUCAAGGGAUUGCAGAAACGAUGCGACGUCGACCACUUGUCCAUUACAAAAGCCCACGAAAUAACUUGACUGCGCUGACCAUCAAUCGCACCAUGCCAUACUUAUUUGCUACCGGCGGCUCCGCACCCUUUGCGUUUUUGCACGAUAGACGCAUGCUUCGCCACGUUGAAUUGCAGUGGGGCGACAUCAAUGGUCUGGACGAGUCAAAGACCUCGCAACUUGUUCGGCUCUUCUCGUCUCAUGUCUCUAAGAGAGACGCAGAGUUGACAGCGCUCAAAUUCAGUACAGCGAGACCCAGCGAGUUGCUCUGUUCCUGGUUAAAUGAGGGUAUCUUUGUGUAUGACAUCAACGGCGAGGCAGUGCCAACAAGAUUUGACUCUUCGGCGCCCAGCGAUGGCCCAUCAUGUGGCAGCGACAAGAAAAUCUCCGGUGAGAAUGACGUUCCUGAAGCAGCCGCAGAGCCUGGAAUCCAGGAGAAUCCUUGGCACAUGGAGGACGAGGAUUCCGAUGCUGAACAUGACCAUGAUCACGAAGAAGACUUCGAUGAUUCCGACUACGACGAUGAAGAGAGUUGCGAUUCAGACGAUUCGAGGUUCGACCCAAGGUACUAUGAUGAAUAUGAUAGCGACAGCUAUAUGCUGGAUCAGGAUCUGCUGAGACCUUUCAUGCAAGUUUUGCGAACCUCCAGCAUGCGACCUGCACCCAAUACGACCUGCAAGUCUGUCAAUGGUGUUCCGAAGCUUGAGCCCACUUCGCGCGCCUUCAAGGACCACAUCAAUAUCAUGACCACGAAGGACGUCUGCUACUAUGGUAUGGACGAUGAAUACGUCAUGAGCGGUAGCGAUGAUGGCGCUCUCUUCAUUUGGGAUCGAGGGAGCGGCAAAGUGAUGAACAUACUGAAAUGCGAUACUGACACCGUCAAUGCCAUGGCACCACACCCGUUCUGGCCUCAAAUUGCUGUGUCCGGCAUUGAUGACACCAUCAAGAUACUCGAGCCAUUCUGUCCAAUUUUAAAGGACUCUGACUUCAAGUCGAGAGCACUCUCCGGCAAGUUUUCGCCUGCAUCUGAAGCCUUCUUUGCCGCAAGAUUAUGCGGCAAGCGUGGAUCUUCAGAAAAAAACGGAGAAUCACGCAUCAUGACAGCUCAUGAGCUCCAUCACCUACGAUGCUCGAAGGGUCUAGGUCCUGGCAUUUGCACCUGCGUCUCUCUGUUUUAG